AUGAAUUAAAUUCAAUAAGAGAUCACUAUGAUUCCUACAAAAAUAUUUAAGAAUGCAUAAUGGAUUUCAAAAUCUUUGAGUGUAAACAAACGAAAAAGUCCAAAUUAUCCAUGUAAAAGAUGGGGACAUACAGCUGUGUUACACGAUAAAUAUAUGUAUGUUUUCAGUGGUUGUGGGAAAUCUGAUAAUCCCAGAUAGUGGGAACAAAUCUAUAGAAUGGAUUGCAUAACAUUUUAAUGGGAAAGAUUGAAUUCACCAUCUUUGAAACAUCCCCCAGGCAGAGAUUCUCAUUGUUGCGUAUGUUUAUAAAAUAAACUAUAUUUUUUUGGGGGAUCUAGUAAUGAAUUAAUUCUUGGCGAUUUUUGGAGCUUUGAUUUCGAAACUUCUGAAUGGACAGAAAUCUAGGUACCAAAAGAUAUGGAGGGUAGAGAAGGACAUUCUAUGGUAGCUUUAUCAUCAAGAUUGAUAUACAUCUAUGGUGGAUGGGAUUAAGUGUAAAAUAUAAUGACAGAAUCCCAUUGGCUGUAUGAUAUAAAAACAAACAAAUUUUAGUAAGUAACUCACUUCACUGGUGAUGAAAUGAUCAAAUUAGAAAGUCAUACUGCUAAUAAAAUAGGAGAUAGUGUUUAUAUUUUUGGAGGGUAAGGUCAAUAGUCCAAUAAACAAUUAGUAUUUCAUAAAGAUUUAUACAAAUUAGAUUUUGAAAAUCUGAAUGAUUUGCACUCUAAAUUUGAUUAAUUAGAAUCAGGAGAUGAUAAAGGUCAGAUAGACAAUAAUACGGUUAUCAAGAUUGAGAAGAUCAAAGCAAAUGGGUCUUAAUAGCCCACUCCAAGAGCAUCACAUUCUGCAGUUGCUUAUGGCGAGAGAUUCUUAUUUAUAAUUGGAGGGGAAGGUUAUUAAUAUGACCAAUAGAAGGAUAAUGAGGAGGAGGCAAUGGAGUAAGACCAAGAUGAAGAUUAAAAUAUUGAUGAGGAGGAAAAACCAAUAUUUCCAAAAAAUGAUAUUUGGAUUUUUGAGACACUAAUGAGAGUAUGUAAUAACAAAUUAAAUUUAUAGACAUGGAGCAAAUUGUAACCAAAAUCUAAGACUCCUGUAUUCUAACCCAGAUUUUCACAUAGUUGUAUUGUGUAUAAGGAUUAAUUUAUAAUCUUCGGAGGAUUGAGAAGUAUGGGAGAAGUAUUGGAAGAUAUAAUGGUAUUGCAUUUAAAGGAUAGCGAAAAUAAUAUUUAAAAGUAUGCAAGAGAUGAAAUGAAAAACGUUUGUAAGUAUUGUCAGUUAAUCUAUGGUAUUCAGUAAGAGGAGGAAAUAUCAUUUUAUAAAACAACAGAAAAUAAUGCCAUCAAAUUACCUAAGUUAUCUUUAACAUUCAUUGAUGAAAUUUCUAAACUUAUUUAGUGUCCUAUGUCAUGCUUUGGUCUCUUCUUGGACAAUAUCAAAUUAUCAGAAGCUUCAGAAGUUAAUUUUGAAUACGUGUUUUUAUAAAGAAAAAUGAAAUACCAAAAUACUAUUGACGAGAUUAAGGAUAAAAUACCAGUUUUAAUAAUUCUCGAGAAAGACCCCAAAGAAUUAGAUGAUUUAAACGAUUUCCUCUUUAAUUUUGAUAUUUCCAAAAAGAAAAAUAAACUAAUUAAUUAGGAUUUAGAUUUAAAAAAUGAAAGUGAACAAAAUUAAAUUUUAGAGGAGCAAUAAUUGCUUAAUAAAAAGCAAUAUGCUUUAAACUUUAAAAUUGCUUCAUUACGAUUGGGAGAUAGUGUUCUUAUCUGUCACAAAUCAUAGAAUAAUUAUUAUGUUGGAUUAAUAUCAAUGAACAAUCAACUCAAUCCUAAUGAUGAAACCUUAACAUUCUAUAACUACACCAUGACAAUAGCCAAUGGCACAGAAAGAAGGAUUGACUCACCUGAAAGCAAGUAUGUAUUAUUAAAUGCUAUUACUCAUUUAAUAAAUGAGGAAGAUUUCAUACUCAAUUGCAGCUAUAAUUAUACCAAAAUAUUCAUCUUUGAUCUAGCAAGAAUACAUGCUCUAUAAAAGAUAUUUGAACUUAGUUUAUAUACUGAUGAUAUAAUCUCAAAUUAAUCAUUAGCAUUUGGAUUAAAAAAAGAAGAGGCCAUCAAAUAUCCAGAUUUCUCUUUCAAAGAAUAUCUCAAAUAUUAUUCAUUAGAGCCUUUGCAAUUCAAAGUAACUGUUUAAAAUUAAGUGAUCAACACCAAUCUUAAUGUGAUAAGUCGUAUUGAAAAUAAAAAUAAGGUUUCUGUUACAAAUGAAAAAAUACUUAACAAAUUGAGUGAAUGGGCAGAAUCCUAUCAAUUAAGUAGGCUUACAUAAAAUAAUUUUGGAAUUCUCCUUUAUUACUAAGGAAGAUUGAUCAACAGAUACAGAAAACAAUUGGGAGUCUAUCCAAAUAAUCUUGAACAAAGUGGAUACAUUAAUAUAUCAAAAAUUGUUAAGCCAAAUAUGACAUUUGAAGGAUUUAAAAAUUCAUACUUAGGUUCUAUAUUACUUUAAACUCUGGAAGCUUUGGAGGAAGAGUGUGAACCAGAGAGAAGAAAGGAAAUUAAAAUUUGAUGUUAUUGUCUAUAUAUCAUAAUAUAAAUGUAAUAAUAUAAUAGCA